AUUGGGGAGUAGAAUUAAAAUAAUAGAAAGAUUGUUGUUUUGCCGACGACCUAAAUUUACGGAGAAGACGAGCUUAGCUUCAAUGGCGCCUGUUAAUAUGACUGGCGCUGUUGUUGCAGCGGCGGCGUUGCUGAUGCUUUCUUCUUACAGUUUCUUCCGUCUCGCCGAGAAGAAGAAGAAGAGGAAGGACAAGUUGAGUAUGAGAAACGGGCUUGUUGAUGCCAUUGGCAAUACUCCUCUGAUUCGUAUCAAUAGCCUCUCUGAGGCUACUGGAUGUGAGAUUCUUGGGAAAUGCGAGUUUUUGAAUCCAGGAGGUAGUGUUAAAGAUAGAGUUGCUUUGAAGAUCAUUCAAGAGGCUUUGGAAUCUGGUAAGCUAUUCCCGGGAGGAAUUGUAACUGAGGGUAGUGCAGGAAGUACCGCCAUUAGCCUUGCUACAGUUGCUCCGGCAUACGGGUGUAAAUGUCAUGUUGUUUUACCUGAUGAUGCUGCUAUUGAAAAGUCUCAAAUAAUUGAAGCCCUUGGAGCUACUGUUGAGAGGGUGAGGCCAGUGUCAAUAACUCACAAGGAUCACUAUGUCAACAUUGCGAGGCGACGUGCUGACGAAGCAAACGAGUUAGCAUCAAAGAGAAGACUAGGGAGCGAAACAAAUGGCAUACACCAGGAGAAAACUAAUGGCUGCACGGUUGAGGAAGAGAAAGAGUGUUUCUUAUUCUCAGAUUCAGUUACCGGUGGCUUCUUUGCAGAUCAAUUUGAAAACUUAGCUAAUUAUAGGGCUCAUUAUGAAGGUACUGGCCCUGAAAUCUGGCACCAGACUCAGGGUAACAUUGAUGCCUUUGUUGCUGCUGCGGGGACAGGCGGUACUUUAGCUGGCGUUUCAAGGUUUCUUCAGGAUAAGAACGAAAGAGUUAAAUGCUUUCUGAUCGAUCCUCCUGGAUCUGGUCUGUACAAUAAAGUAACACGGGGAGUGAUGUACACAAGAGAAGAAGCUGAAGGGCGCCGACUAAAGAACCCAUUUGAUACAAUAACAGAAGGGAUCGGAAUCAACAGGCUUACUAAAAACUUCCUGAUGGCAAAACUUGACGGUGGUUUUCGUGGCACUGACAAAGAAGCGGUGGAGAUGUCGAGGUUUCUUCUGAAAAAUGAUGGGCUCUUUGUUGGAAGCUCCUCGGCUAUGAACUGUGUUGGAGCAGUGAGGGUGGCUCAAACCCUUGGUCCUGGUCACACAAUUGUCACCAUUCUUUGUGAUAGCGGAAUGCGACAUCUAAGUAAGUUUCACGACCCUAAGUACUUGGAUCGAUACGGGUUGAGUCCAACCGCUAUCGGGUUAGAGUUCCUCGGCAUAAAGUGAAACUACCUAUCUGUUACAAUAGCUUCAGAUCAAUCAAGCCUGGAUCUGCACUCUGCAGCGGUUUUGUUAGAAUUUGUUGAUUUUUUUUUAGAUUAGGGGGAUUUAUUCUUUGUAAGACUCCAGAUUAGAAGACAACAACUAUGUCUAGAGUCAACGGAAGAAAGUCAAAGCAACAAUGCAUGUGUCUGACCUCUGAAACUCCCAUAACUGCAUCUUACACCUGUCUUCUCAAUUGUCUACAAGUUCCGACCUAAUGGGGUCCCUUACAAAGAUUAUGGGAAACAUGUAAUCAGAUUUUGUUUUUGUACCUAUUAGAUCUUGUCUGUGUUCAAUGCAUUCGACUGGAAAACUCAAAAGUCUUGAUAAACAUAUAUAUAUCCAAAUCAUUCAAUA